UCCAAUUUUUGUAAAACUUGUAAUUCACCUUCUGCUUCAACACACAUGUGUCUCUCGAAAUCUCUCCGCCCCCUAGAUCCCAUUCCUCUCUCAAGCAGCCUCUGUUAAGCCCUUUUGAUUUCUCUCUCUCUCUCUCUGUUUAAGAAUUUUCCUGCAAAGUUCUCAACUUUACAUUUGCUUCCUCUGUUUUAGUACUUGCUUUACGCAGACAAGUUCAUAGCUGUUGAGAAUCUUCAAUUCCCUACACGAAUCAUAAGUUCCUGAAACCGUCGUAUUGAUCACUUUUUUUGCAAAGUACGGAUUAAAAAUCACUUUUUUUUUUCCUUUCUGGGUUAUACUCAAUAGUUUCUAGGGUUCCUUUAAUUUCAGACUUUUGUUAGGUUAUUUCAUGUGGGGCCACUUGUUUAGUUUCAAAGCAAUUUCUUAUUUAGAUUGAGCAAAUGGGUUGUGUUUGGUGUAAGCCUUCUGCUAUAGAAGACAGCAAAGACAGCCCAAGAGACAAGUCUUCUUCUGAGAACAGAGUUGUUUCAAGACCCGUUACUUGUUCUUCCAGAAGAGAAGAGCCUCUUAGGAGGACAAAGGAACAGCCUGAUGUUGUUAGUGUUAGACCGAAUGUUUCGCGUGGGGAGAGCUUGAGUGGUAGAAGGGAGAAGAAGAAGACAGAGAAUGUUGCUGCUUCCAACUUCCCAAUGGGUAUCACCAUAGCUAAAGGAGUCGAAGGAGAGUAUGUAGCUGCAGGCUGGCCUCCAUGGUUGGCUUCUGUUGCCGGAGAAGCUAUCAAAGGAUGGGUCCCGCGCCGUGCUGACUCUUUCGAGAAGCUGGACAAAAUUGGGCAGGGUACUUAUAGUAAUGUGUACAGAGCUAGAGACCUGGAUCAGAAGAAGAUUGUGGCUUUGAAGAAAGUUAGGUUUGAUAAUCUAGAGCCGGAAAGCGUGCGUUUUAUGGCGAGAGAGAUCCAGAUACUGCGCCGCCUUGAUCACCCCAACAUCAUUAAGCUAGAAGGCUUAGUUACAUCAAGAAUGUCUUGCAGCUUAUACCUUGUUUUCGAGUACAUGGAGCAUGAUCUAUCUGGACUAGCCUCGCAUCCCGCAGUUAAAUUUUCUGAAUCGCAGGUUAAAUGUUACUUGCAGCAACUGUUACGCGGACUAGACCAUUGUCACAGCCGUGGUGUACUUCAUAGGGACAUUAAAGGCUCGAACCUUCUAAUAGAUAACAGUGGAGUUUUAAAGAUUGCUGACUUUGGCUUAGCUAGCUUCUUUGAUCCGAAUCAGACUCAGCCUUUGACUAGCCGUGUGGUGACUCUUUGGUACCGUCCACCUGAGCUUUUGCUCGGAGCAACACGCUAUGGAGCAGCGGUUGAUUUGUGGAGCACAGGUUGUAUUCUUGCUGAACUGUACGCAGGCAAGCCUAUCAUGCCUGGUAGAACCGAGGUGGAACAGCUGCACAAGAUUUUCAAGCUGUGCGGCUCGCCUUCAGAAAACUAUUGGGUGAAAUCUAGGUUGCCUCAUGCGACGAUCUUCAAGCCUACGCAGCCCUAUAAACGCAUAGUUGAUGAAACAUUCAAGGAGUUUCCUCAGCCAGCUUUAGCCCUUCUUGAAACUCUGCUUUCAGUAAAUCCUGACGAUCGUGGGACUGCCAACUCAGCUCUCCAAAGCGAGUUCUUUUCCGCUAGACCUCUGCCAUGUGAUCCUUCAAGCUUGCCUAAAUAUCCUCCCAGCAAAGAGCUCGACGCGAGGAUGCGGGAUGAAGAAAUUAGAAGACAAGCUGGAGGAAACAAGUGUGACCAAAGACACCAAGAAAGGAGAGGAGGAACCAAGGACUCUCGAGCCAUCCCUGCCCCUGACGCCAAUGCAGAGCUGGUUGCAUCUAUGCAGAAGAGGCAGAGCCAGGCUAAUAAUAGAAGCAGAAGCGAGAAGUUUAAUCCACAUCCUGAAGAAGUUGCUUCUGGUUUCCCGAUCGAUCCACCAAGAACAUCAUCUCAAGCAUUUGAACCGAACAGAGAAUCUCAGGGCAACAUUAUUGUUCCUCACAAGAGAGCUUCACAUUCAGGUCCUCUUACGCGUAGAUCUGCUUCCGCAAAGGGGGGUAGAAGGAACUACCAAGAUCCCUCUCAGAAAGUUUCAUCCAUAGCUGCUGCUGAUUACUCGGCAAUGCCCGGUUUUGUUGCAACAAGAACAAGCGAAUCGCAGCAAGAGACUUGCAGAGGAAUGAGUCGGCUUCCAGGUUCAUUCAAGGAAACCUCUGAAGAAGCAAACCAAGAAGAGAAUGGUAGAAGAAACAAGCAAGACUCGGUUCUUUUGGGUUAUGGAUCAAAAGGGCACAAGAUUCAUUACUCAGGACCUUUGGUGGUUCCAUCAGGAAACAUGGAUCAGGUGCUAAAAGACCAUGAUCGACAUAUCCAAGAAGCUGUGAGAAGAGCAAGAAUCGAUAAGGCUCGUGUUAGAAAACAUCAAGCUGAAGAAGCAUCGAGCCAACAAGUGUCAACCAAUCAUCCCUCAUCUCUGUCUAGCCGUUGACCAUCUCAGAGGCUAAAGUAUAUGAUCAAAAAAAAGAAACUCAUUUGCUUGAAACUUCUUAACACGCGGCGUAUUUUUUUUGAAAAAAACACACGGCGUAUUCUGAGUGAAAAAUAAUGUAAUUUUUAUUGAUUCAAGAUCAUAGAAUCAAGUCUUGUCACGUUUUGACUUCAUGUAAUAUCAUAUUAUCUUAGCGA